AGAAGUCCAAAUGGAUCUCAACUUCUCGCCUUCGUCAAAAAACGAACCUCAACGCAUUUAUGGCGACAGCACAUACAGUGCUCACGAAUACUGCUACAUAAUGGAUGAUUUAGAAGAGCAGAGUCACAAUGAUCAAGGGGAGAAUGCUUUUGGAAAAAACUAUACACCUCCUCGGCGAGAAACAAUGAAGUCAAUGCGGGAGAAAAUUCCCAAAAUCAACACGUCCGCCUUGAAGAAAACGGCAGUUACUCCUGAAAAAUGGAGUAAAAGGACUGCAGCUAGAUUUGCUAAGCGAAGCAAAAGUGCUAUAGACUAUUUACGUGAGCGACUGGGACAUCGUUUUUUCUUGAUGUUGAGUGUAACGCUCAAUGUUAUUCUCUUAGUAAUAAUAAUUGCCAUUGUCGUUAAGGCGAAGAAAAAGCAAGGUGAAACAGCGAACACUUCGAACACUAAUUUUGUCACGACGACUAUCACCAUAACAAAGGCUAUUACCAGUAGUGUUAGUACGGACAGGAGGAGUACAUCAAGUACUGCGACUAAUUCCACGAAGCUGAUAUUUACGACUUCUGCUACCACUUAUGCUAAGAAUACGACCAAGUCAACAAUUACGACCACAAAACCGCCAGGUUCACUCGAUAUACACUGUGCCUUCGCAGUGGACUUGGAAAAUUUCAAACAAAUUCAUGAAAUAGACAGGCAGAGGAAAUUAAUCAAGGAUCUUGGUAGGAAAGUUAUCGACACCAGCUCAAAUUCAAGUGCAGGCCUUUGGGCUUACGGUAAUGUGAAAGAAGCGAAGAAAUUUGGGGACGUUUUCGGUGAUAUGAUGGCUGAUUUCUCAAAGUUCAGUAUGAAGGCAGAAGAUAUUGUUGCUUUUGGUGACUAUCGCUCUCCUCCUGAUGGUGAAAACGUUAUUGAUCACAUCAACAAUGCAACCGACAAAAACAAUGCCGCAAAUUGUCUGCUAUUCUUAACGGGCAGCAAGGAGGAAAAGCCCGCUUGGAAGAUUGACCCGGUUUAUAAUUACACGAGGAUUGUGAUCAUCAGCUUGCAAGGUGCCGAUUUUACCAACAACGUUAAUAUUACAAGAGGCGUUUCCCGGAACGUAGACCUUAAGCAUUUCAAUGAGUCUGACAUCCAAGCUGUAUACGAUGAAAUCAUGCGAAGCUUCAAGAGGAAUUGGACUUACAUGUACUCGAACGAAGACACUGAGUACAAGUAUGUCUAG